CAAAUUUGCAUUUUGUUUGAAAGUGGAUGUUAAAUAGAAAUCGUGUAUGGAUUUAAAUUCCACAUUAUAAUCGUAUUACUAAUAGUUAAUAAAUAUAGUAAUUAAAUAAUUGUAUACUAGUACAAUAAAGUAUUGUCAAGAUGGUGGAUAUGGAAAACGAGUUAAAAGAUCUCCGGGAAAAAAAUAAUGAAUUGGUGCACAAAGUUCAGUAUUGGAAAAUGACGGCCGCGCAGCGAGAGAACGAGAAAUUAGAGCUAAUGAAAGAAAUAAACGACCUAAGACUUAAAUUGAGUAGACUAAGGAGCGGUGGUGCGGCGCACGCUCGUAAACUAGACGCAGCUCUUCAAUCAGCCAGUGAAGAGGCACUAUCGCACCUGGUACAAGCGUCAAGUGCCGUGGCCCGCACCUUGGAACUUGCCAAAACAUACAUACAAGAUAGACAAGAGUUAGACACGGAUUUGCCUAGAUGGAGUAGCUUGAGUAAUACUCCAUCAACGGACAGAGUAAAUAGGGUGCCACCGAUGUUGGUUGGUGGAAACCUCAUACAGCCCGUAGUCUCAUUGAAUAGGAUACUACACUCAAAUAAUUCUCGAUUGGGUGAUAGAAGUCCAAAUCAACUGAAUCGCAGUGCCUCAGAAAGGGCUGUGCCCAUGCCAAUGCACAUGUUACAAGAUGUAUACAUACCAUUAACGAGGAUUGACGCAGUAGACUUGGCCAACAAUAGUGUGGAGACUGAUAUGGAGGUGAAUCAUGCUGACGAUAGCACUGAGGAACUUGCGUUGGAUGAUAGUGGUGAUAGAAUAAUGGACGAAUCACAAAACUCUGAUAAUGAAAAUUUUGAAGAAUCUCGAAGAUUAGAUGCGGUUGAAGAAGAUAUUGAGCCUGAAGAUGAAGAAACACCACCAAGACCAAGGGUCGAUAAUCCAUUAGAAGGGCCGAGCUGGCUUUUGGACGAACCCAGAAAUAAGGAAAAAUCGAAGAGUUUAACCAACUUUGAGCCAGACUCAACCACACAAUUUGAAGAGCACGUUGACGAUGGUGUUUCACCCGGCCCCAGUCGCAGUUCACAUCAUGUGGAGCGGCUGCGAGCGUCGCGCUGCGAGUUCUCGCCCACCGUGCGGCGGCGCCGCGCCUCGCCGCCGCCCGCCGCGCCGCGCCGCCUCAGCGACACGACCCCACACCACGUCACACACCGAGCUGCGCUCACACAGCGACACGACCCCACACCACGUCACACACCGAGCUGCGCUCACGCAGCGACACGACCCCACACCAUGUCACACACCGAGCUGCGCUCACACAGCGACACGACCCCACACCACGUCACACCGAGCUGCGCUCACGCAGCGACACGACCCCACACCACGUCACACACCGAGCUGCGCUCACACAGCGACACGACCCCACACCACGUCACACACCGAGCUGCGCUCACACAGCGACACGACCCCACACCACGUCACACCGAGCUGCGCUCACGCAGCGACACGACCCCACACCACGUCACACACCGAGUUGCACUCACACAGCGACACGACCCCACACCACGUCACACACCGAGCUGCGCUCACGCAGCGACACGACCCCACACCAUGUCACACACCGAGCUGCGCUCACACAGCGACACGACCCCACAUCACGUCACACCGAGCUGCGCUCACGCAGCGACACGACCCCACACCACGUCACACACCGAGCUGCGCUCACACAGCGACACGACCCCACACCACGUCACACCGAGCUGCGCUCACGCAGCGACACGACCCCACACCACGUCACACACCGAGCUGCGCUCACACAGCGACACGACCCCACACCACGUCACACACCGAGCUGCGCUCACGCAGCGACACGACCCCACACCACGUCACACACCGAGCUGCGCUCACACAGCGACACGACCCCACACCACGUCACACACCGAGCUGCGCUCACACAGCGACACGACCCCACACCACGUCACACCGAGCUGCGCUCACGCAGCGACACGACCCCACACCACGUCACACACCGAGCUGCGCUCACACAGCGACACGACCCCACACCACGUCACACACCGAGCUGCGCUCACACAGCGACACGACCCCACACCACGUCACACACCGAGCUGCGCUCACGCAGCGACACGACCCCACACCAUGUCACACACCGAGCUGCGCUCACACAGCGACACGACCCCACACCACGUCACACACCGAGCUGCGCUCACGCAGCGACACGACCCCACACCAUGUCACACACCGAGCUGCGCUCACACAGCGACACGACCCCACACCACGCCACACACCGAGCUCAACAAUGGCCGUAUUCUGAAAGUGCUGGUCGCUAAAAUGCGCCUGGAUGAGGACGAAGGCGGCAGCGGUGACGUAUCGCCUCCCAAACGCCUGAAUCUCGAUACAAAAUCACCAGGAGCCGGCAAGUUAACACCAAAGACAACACACACAGAGAACUCCCCCAGACGGCAAUCUCGCGAUGAAUCACCGAGGUUCCAAAUAAGGGAUACGUCGCCGUCUAAAAGGUUGAUGCGUUUUGACGCGCCUAGUCCGAAUGGGUCCACGGAUUCGAGGGUUAUAGUUCUAGAAAAUCGCAACGAUCAAUCAGAACCAUGCAGUUCAGGGUUGUCGAGAAUAAAUCGACUCGACAGUCAAAGCAAUCACAACAGCAAUCAUGAUCAAAAUAACGAUGAUACAAGAACCAAUCACAGUAUUGACAACCGCAACAGACUGACCAGUCAGAGUCGGGGUAAUCAUACAAGUAUAGAAAAUAACAACUAUGACAAUCGUAGGAGAAUGAACAGUCGUGAUAAUCACAGUACAGACAACCGCAGUAGUCGUGAUAGUCGUGAUAGCCGUGAUAGUGAUAGCAGUGGCAGUGAAAUGGCUAGCGAGGGUCGCACUAGGCGACCAAGGAAAGCUGUUGUCUAUAAGGAGAAACCGUUAAAUAGAAAAUUACGCAGAUGA